UUUACCCGGGUGAAUUGUGACUCCUCGAGCGACGUUGUAUAGGUAACAUCGACACCAGCUUGGCUCUAAAAUGGAUAGGCGUUUUUUUCUCUGAGAAUACACCAAUUGUUCUCUAACCACCACGGAUAACUCGUUAUGGAUCUUACCAUCUGGUAUUUAAUAUUUGGAGUUCUAACAUGCCUGGAUGGCGCUGUCUCAGGUCGAGCCUCUCCCCUCUCCAGUCCAGAGAAUGUGACGGUGGACUGUGACAACUUUGACACGAUGGUGUACUGGAAUUACUCAGACCUCUUGAUAGAGCCUCUUUUUCAACUAGAGCUCAAAAGCGACAUUAGCGAUGGUCCUCCGGAGACCUUUAAGACGAUGGCACACCAUGCCAACAUCACUAGCCGACUGAAGAACACAAACUAUGUUGUGUACACCAUAAGAAUCCAGGCCAAGAACGGAACUCACUCAUCCAGUUUCUCUCCGCCUGUUAAGUUUGCUUUUGAUAACCGCAUGAAGGGAAACAUUCUGUGUAAUCUGGACUUCCCACCUGUAACCCUGAAGUAUGCGGGAGGAGAACUCACGCUGAGUUUCAAGAAUCCAAUUCACCUGUAUGAGAACACUCCAGCCCUCAAGUAUCUCAAGGACAACAAAGAUCCAAACCUGGAGACGUCCGAGUUGAAAUACGAAGUAGUUCCUCAGAGUGCCAAUGACCGCACAUCAAAGUCUUCAGAGUUUCCAGAGUUUUCCUGCCCUUAUGAGAAGAGUGUGUGUGCAGAGACACUGCACAUUCCAGACGAAGUAGACCGCUACUGCGUCAACAUGUCAGGAAGAAUUGUGCGGGCAAAUGUCCGCCCUGCACGAGUUUGCGCUAAGAAACUGCAGGGUCAACUACAGCCCAGUCAUAUCGUUGGCAUCGCAUGUGUGAUAGUGACCCUCAUCGGGGCUAUCAUUGUUCUGGGCGGUUUAGUAUGGUGGAAGAACAGGGCCAAAACCCACCCCGUUCUUAGUGUGGUUCCAGAUUUCUCCGGCCGCUCCCCAGCCAUUUUUACGAACCCAAGAAAAGCUGAAACCGAAAGCUUCAGCACCAUGUACGUCAAGUCGUCGCUGUCGGCGACCUCCGAGGACCCGCUCCUGUCCAUCCACAGCUCCAACAGCAGCCGCAGCAGUGCCGACUGCUCCCGCUUCACCAUCCGCCCAGGCCUCGUCACUCCUCGGGAGCGGGGCGGAGCGACUCAGGUGAGCGACGGCGAGGAGCUGAACACCGUCUCGACCGACUGGCCGAGCGACAGGUCGGGUCAGGACCGGGGACUCUCGGAGACGUCGGGAGGAACGCUCUCGUCGGACUACGACUCGCCCCACGCCCACGACUCCUUCGUGGACUUGGGCGGGGUGGACGCGGAAGAAGAGGUGAGACACGGGACGAGCGAGGACCCAGGGUACCAAGCAAACCUCUCGGAGGUCCUCUCGUCCGGAGGGACGGCGCUGUCCGGUUACGACUCGCCGCAGGACAUCUCCGUGGAGCUGGCGCCAGGGGACUUCGUGGACGGCUACGCGGUGGACGGCGCUUGCUCGGAGAGCGAGGACGCGGAGGGAAACGGCGAAAGGGCCGGUCAGGACCGGAGAGGCUCGGAGGUGUCGGGAGGAAAGGCGCUGUCCGAUUACGACUCGGCGCACGAUAUCUCCGUGGAGCUGGUGCCAGGGGACUUGGUGAACGGCUACACAGCCAGAGAGCGUUUGGCCUGAGGUCGGGCUGCUGAAAGCGAACAUUUAAAAAGGCACAGUCUGCCAUUUCUGGAGAAAGAUUGUCGAAAAUUCAGCUCAACAGCCAAUCAAAUUGCGCCCCUCGUUUCUGCACUCCUAUAGCUCAGGUUAUUUGAGCUCGACCAGGCUAGCCAAACUGCCCUGACUUCAAUGCGAAAGAGAUUUGCUGGAAAGGGUCUAGUCAACCACGGUGAUGGCAUCGCUGCCCUCUGCUUUCUAACAGCAUGCCAACGGGCUACGUGCAUCCCUCACACACUGCCACACUCCCAUCACACACACACACACACACACACACACACACACACAGCCACACUCCCAUCACACACACACACACACAGCCACACUCCCAUCACACACACACACACACACACACACACACCCAUCUCACUCACACACACACACUGCCAUCUCACUCACACACACACACACUGCCACACUCCCAUCUCAGAAGGUCUGGACUAAAAAAUAAAUACAUAUAGCAGAGUGAUAGAACACACACACACACACACACACACACAGCCACACUCCCAUCUCAGAAGGUCUGGACUAAAAAAUAAAUAAAUAUAGCAGAGUGAUAGAAAACACACACACACACACACACACACACACACACACACACACACACACACACACACACACACACACACAAAUACAUGGCCUUUGUCCAUUAAAGACUGCGACUAGAACAGGACAUAAAGGUCUGCUGAUGGAGGUUUUUAAGUUGCUACUGCUUGGAACGAGAUGAACCACUCAUUUCCAUGGACUGGCAGGUACCCCCCAGGGCAGGGCAUCUAGUGUGAGCCACUCUGUGUGGAGAUGUGAGGAACAUUUCCUGGAGAUUUGCAUUGGGGAAGCGUGUAGCGGUUACGGACAUGAAUGAUCUUCUGUUGAUCACAGAACAUCAAAGAGAGAGAGAGGAAGAAAAAAGAAAAGAAAA